AUGUCAGAAGCCGGCCGCGACAAUGCUCCACCAAUGUUGUCGGGCGACAUCGAUGAUGAGCUACUCGAAGCCAGCUUGGGCAAAUAUCAGGCAUAUCUUGAGCAGCUCGAUGCCGCAUGCUCUCAUCUAGAUCAGUUGCUGGCUAGCACAUCCGAGACCUUGAACGAGUUGUCCGAGAUUUCUGCCACUUUCCAAUCGAUCGAUUCGCAGACGAAGGCUUUCCAGAAGCAGACCGCCAGCGUAGUCGAAGAGCAAGCACAGAACGAGAAGAAUGCAGAAGCGAUUGCCGAGAACCUGCAGUACUAUGAGCCCCUCGAGCGCAUCACCCGCAGGCUCAACGCCCCGGGAGCCGGCAACAUGGCUCGCUCCCAGGACUUCUCCGACAUGCUGAGGACACUGGAUGAGUGUAUAGACUACAUGCAGACCCAUCCAGAACAUAAAGAGGCAGAGUCAUACAGAUCUCGGUACAGGCUACUGCUCACUCGAGCAUUGACAUUGGUCCGAAAUGCAUUCAUGUCAAAUGUGCGUGAGAUCACGACUGAAGUCGCCUCUCGCAUUGCAGCUAAGCAGCUGAAUCACACGACUCAUUCGGCUUUGUUGUAUGCCAAAUUCAGGGUCGGUGCCGCCGAUAUGAAGGAGCUAGGACUCGAGAUCCAGAAGCGAGCGAACCCACCAGCCGAUGCACAGCCAGGAGAGGAGGGCGAGUAUCAGUCGCUGAUGAACGAGUUACAUCAAUCCUUCGCUGCUUGUCGAGCACGACUGUUGCUCCCACUCAUACAGAAGCAGUUGGCUGAGACUGCCCAGGCACCAGCCUCCAAGGACCUCGUCCAGUUUGCACGGGCUGCCAUCAGCUACAUCCGCGGAAUUUGUUUAGAUGAGUUCGAGCUGUGGCAAGAAUGGUUCCAUGGCCAGAGAGGCCUCUACGAUUUACUGGAAUCCUUGUGUGAGCCCCUGUAUGACCAUCUACGACCACGAAUCGUACACGAGUCACGAUUGUCGAAGCUGUGUGCGUUGGUCUCGCUUUUGCAGACUCGUUACAUACAGGACGAGGAGGACGACAAUCCACUCGAUCUGAACAAGCUCGAUUUCAGCAUUUUGGUCCAGCAGGUCAUGGAAGAUACGCAGACCCGGCUCCUCUUCCGUGCGCAAGCCAUUCUCCGUAAUGAAAUCGAGAAUUACAAACCCACACCACAGGACCUGGACUAUCCUUCUCAGACAUCGCGGCCGCCAACAUCAGCCUCGACUCGUGCUCCGCUUUCCGGCAAGCGUGGGAAGACUCCUCGAUCUGACAGCGUCGAGUUCGAUUCUGACGACGAGAAUAGCGCUGUUCCGUUCUCCUUCAGUACUGCCGACAUCUCCGCGGUGCAGCACUCCUAUCCGACACUGUCACGUGCACUGUCCCUCCUGUCACGCAUCUACCGCCUUGUCAACAGUAGCAUCUUCGAUGACUUAGCCCAUCAAAUAGUCCAUUCUACGACCCUCUCACUAAUGCACGCCUCGACACUCAUCACGACCAAGACAUCUCCAGCAGACGGCCAACUCUUUCUACUGAGGCACUUACUUCUCCUGAAGUCCCAGAUCGUUGCUUUCGACAUCGAGUUCGUCACACCAGAUAUCACCUUUGACUUCAGCAACAUCAGCUCCACCUUCUACGAACUCCAACGCGAGCGUGGCGGGCUGUUCAACCCAGCCAAUUGGAUCCGGCUGGUCACCUCAGGCGGCCUGCUCCCACGAGUUGUAGAGAACAUGCUCGACGCAAAGCAAGAACUUGACGGACAGCUGCGCAACGUGAUCAACGACUUCACCGCCGGUUUCGCAACCAUUAUGACAGAAUCGCUGCCUUCACUCGAUGCCAACGGCGCUCUCAGCAAAGCCAAGACGAAAGACGCCGAUCCUCCGGAGAAGACUGCGGCACAAACGCGGCAGAAGAUCGAGCAGGAAACGCCGAUCCUCCGGGCGAAGCUAGAGCAGUACCUCAGUGACCCUCGCACGCGAGAAACACUGGUCGCAGCCGUCGAAGACCAGGUCGUGCAGAUCUACGAAUCAUUCUUCGAGGCGUAUACCGCCGAGCGGAAGAAGAAUGUUGCCAAUGGCGGCAUUUCCCGCAAGGGCAAGAGUCCGGAGGAAAUGGUCUGGGACUCAGAUACGUUCACCGAGUGGUGCGAAGGCGUGUUCAAUGUCGCACUGCCACACAGGUCAGACGAUGACGAGGAGGAUAGGGGCAGCGUGAAAAGUGUUAGUAUGCGGGGAAGUGGAAGUUCUUGA